AUGUCAGCCACCAGAUCUAUAAAGAAUAAGCAUCGCGAACCACGACAGAAGAAAAACCCUUCCAUGGCAUCUCUUCCAGCUUCUUCACGAAAGCGUAAGCCUCGUACUCUUGCCACUGUUUCCGCUAUUCUCGCCGUUUUACUCGUCAUUUCCGUCAUCUGUCUCUUGCUCGUUUCGUCGAACACUUGGCGUGCGUUCCAACAAGUGGUUUUGUAUGAGACGAUCUCUGUCGUCAAUGAGUUCCCUCACGAUCCUCAAGCCUUCACUCAGGGACUUCUUUAUGCUGGAAAUGAUACCUUAUAUGAGUCAACUGGUCUUUAUAAGAAGUCCUCUGUCCGCAGGGUAGCUCUUCGUACUGGGAAGGUUGAAAAACUUCAGAAGCUGGAUGAUUCAGUAUUUGGGGAAGGUUUAACUCUCCUCAGUAAUAGGCUGAUCCAAGUAACAUGGUUGCAGACACUUGGUUUCAUAUACGACCUCAAAAAUUUAAGCAAACUUGGGACAUUUAAUCAUGACAUGAAAGAUGGCUGGGGUCUUGCAACUGAUGGAAAAGUCUUGUUUGGAAGUGACGGAAGUUCAACAUUAUACAAAAUUGACCCUCAAACAUUUAAAGUUAUAUCCAAACACGUUGUCUUCUAUAAGGGUCAUCAAGUACACAAUCUUAAUGAACUGGAGUAUAUAAAUGGUGAAGUUUGGGCAAAUGUUUUUAUGACUGACUGUAUUGCAAAAAUCUCUCCUAAAGAUGGUGUUGUUGUUGGAUGGAUUUUCCUACCAAAUUUAAGGAAAGAAUUAAUCAAAGCUGGGAAUGCUAUUGAUGUUCUGAAUGGGAUAGCAUGGGAUGCUGAGCAGGAACGGAUUUUUGUGACUGGAAAACUGUGGCCCAAGUUGUAUGAAAUCAAAGUUUUACCCAUAAAAUCAACAAUCGAAGAAGGGAUGGUUGAGCAGCUUUGCUUGCGCAAGCCUUUCGAAUUUCAAUGA